AUGGCCACCCAACCGCAUCCUCCUCCGCCAAUACCGACUUCCUCCUAUCGAGAGAUAUACACCUACAACGCACCUUGGCCUGUCUAUGCUCAAAACUGGUCACAGAGACCGAAUACAUUUAGACUAGCUCUCGGAUCCUACAUAGAAGAGUACAGGAAUAAGGCAAGUAAUUUGGAUCUCGGCAUGCUCGGUGGGUCCACGCCAGAUGUGCUAGGCACAACAGGAGAUUAUUUGAGAAUAUGGGAGCUACCGUCAUCCGAUAUACUCGAAACAAACGCCAGUAAUCAUAUUGGAGAAUGGGCUAGACCCGUACCUAAUCUAACACUCAGGUCCACAUUGGCCAAUGUCAGGCGGAUUGGACAGAGUAAACGAGAUUUCUGUGCACCAUUGACAUCAUUCGAUUGGAAUGAGACAGAUCAAAACCUCAUCGUCACAAGCAGUAUAGAUACAACGUGUACAGUGUGGGAUGUACAUACACAACAAGCCAAAACACAACUGAUUGCUCACGACAAGGAAGUAUAUGACGUGGCAUUCGCAAGAGGGGCAGAUGUAUUUGCUAGUGUGGGCGCUGAUGGAUCAGUGAGAAUGUUUGAUCUGCGGUCACUCGACCACUCAACCAUCAUAUACGAAACACCAGCACCAUCAUCAAACCCAUCAUCCUCUUCCAACAACAACUUUAACAAUAAUAUGUCGCCAUCCCCCUCAAUGGCAACCGCAAACCCCACCACCACAUCAAUAACCUUGCCACCAGUAGAAAACCCACCGCUACUGCGUCUGUCAUGGAACAAACAGGAUCCAAACUACAUAGCAACCUUCCAAAUGGAGUCAGACACUGUCCUGAUACUGGAUGUUCGGGUACCCGCCGUCCCAGUAGUCGAACUACACGCCCAUGCAUCCACAGUGAAUACAAUAUGCUGGGCUCCGCAUGCCAGUGGACUGAUUUGUACAGCGGGAGAUGAUUCGCAGGCGCUGGUAUGGGACGUUUCGAAGUCAAAACAAAGAGUAUUGAGAGAUCCACUGCUGGCUUAUACCGCUGACGCGGAAAUUAAUCAGCUGGCGUGGAAUACAGCUCAGCCGGACUUUGUAUCGAUAUCGUUUGGAAGUACGAUUCAGGCCCUUAAAAUAUAA